AAAACCAGCAUCAUUAUGUCAACAACAGUGCUUGCCUUGUUGUUCCUGGUCGGGUUGGUUGCAGCGCAGCCCGGGAGGAGACCCAAGGGUCCGAUUCCCGGUGGUCUGACGCCAGCUGACGACGUCAAUGACGCCACAAUUCAGAGCAUGUCCAGAACCGCUGUACAGAAGCUUGGUUCGGCGUAUUCCCUUACUCGGGUCAUCAGUGCCUCUACUCAGGUCGUUGCAGGCACUUUGUAUCAUUUAGAACUAGCAGUGUCAAAAACCACAUCAUCCACCCCUCCCACUGUGAACAAUUACACGUGCAAGGUGAAGGUUCACGAACAGCCAUGGAUGUCCUACCUCGAGAUGACCGAGUUUUGCUGCAAGCUCUCCAACUAAAGAUGCCACAUCUUUUAGAGAUAUUAUGCGAAAAUAUUUUCUCGAAUUGACUUGUUUUCGAUUGCUAUUAAUGUAUUGAGAUGUAUCCAAAAUCGAUCCACGUAUUCUGUUUUGUUUCAUUUGCUAUUUCAUUUAGUUGUGAAUAUAAUCAAACACGUUUUUAAUCACAAA